CAGCCUUUAUGUUGUUGUGUCUGUAUAGUGUCUGUUUUAAAGGCCAUAAAACUUCAGACAGAACUUUCUACAGUAGCCUAACUCUGUCACUCAAUUCACAAACUUUCUCGUAUACUAUUACCAACCGCUACUGUCACGUCGUUUUUUGUGUUCACGGUACUUGUGACUCAUUGUUUUAUGAUCGCAGAAGAUAAAACCAAGUUAUUCAAAUACUAGAAAUCGAAACUGAGAGAAGCGACAGUGAAGCAACUUCGGGAAAAGGAUGAAUGAGGUUAGUGAAUUAUUGUGUUGAGUUGGUUCAUAAUAUUAUUUAAAUGUAGCCUAUUGCCUACAAUUAACUUUGUAAAUGAAAGAAAACUAUUAUAGCUGUUGUUGUGGACGAUAUUGUAUUUAGAGAGUGUGUUAGUCAAUGUACCUGUUAUUAUUCUGCGUUUAUAACCAAGUGGUGGUAGGCCUAAUUACUUAAGUCGUAAAUAACAGAUGCAUUCACGUGCUUUGAACUCGUUGAGAAACGGGCGAUUGGCUAAUGGCCAACAACAAACUGCCACAACCAUAAACUAAAAGUACAUAAUCAUGUUUGUAAACAAAUUAUAGUUUUCAUAAACCGUGUUAAUAGAUUGCUUUUUAUAAAUAAUGUUUUGUUGUUGUAUUUAACUCCAGAAAAUGCUGUUAUCAAGGUAUUUUCCUUAGUAGGUGACAUCAGAAAAGUGUCCUCUAAGUCCCAGUACAAGUGGAAAACAAAAUAGUGUUGUGACGUUUCACCACUGACCUUUGACCUUUUCAACCAAAAGAUGACGACAAAUCCGUUUUUGAAACUGCAACCUUAUCAGUAUGGAUAAUAUAGCUAGACCAUAUUGUCAAUGUUAAGUAGCAACGUUAGCUAGCUUAACAAGCUACCUAAAAUCUUAUUGGUUGAAGAAUUGUUCCGACUUCAAAAGCACUUGAACACAAUCAUGUAGGACUUCCCAGUUUCCCAUUUCCCACAUGAAUGUGAAACCAGCAGGAGCUCAGGAAUGAUAGACGACUUUCCCACUUGUAAUUACCAGUGGCGAUUUUAGCAUGUAAAUCUUGGUGGGGCAAACACAUUUAUUUUUUUAUUUUUUUAGAUGCAUGCCAGCAAAGCCACUACACAACACAACACUAAACAAUACAUUAUUUUCACUAUAAAAGUGACAAACGGUGCCCACAAACGGUUAGGGCCUACAUAAAGCUCUCCCAACAGCAGAUUCCCAACAGCAAUCCCAACACCUUACCACUGCUACACCUGGCUAUCAACAGAGCCUUGUUUGGCAGCGAAACAGUUUAUUCAGCCUCAUUUACUGCCUUUAAAAAAAACAUAGCUGAUAUGGCUGACUUGUUUAAACAAAUGUGGUUUCUACUGACAAUUGAGAUGUACAAACUAUGGCAUAAGGGGACGACAAGCGGAUAAGAGGCAAUCCGUAAUUUCGAUUAAGCCAUUAAUGAGCGAGCUACGACGGACGUAGUCAAUAUAACCAUUUGUUCAGCACUUUUGAAAUGUACAGCGACAGAAUUCAGAACAUGGGCCGUUCUUACAGUGUUCUCCCUGUACACCAAGUCAGAACCGUAGGAUAAAUAAAGGGGGCAUAUAAGCAGACAAUGAAAGCUCUUACAAUAUUCGAUGAUGACAUUUCUCUAAAACAGGCUAUAGGCUGCAAUGCUUGCAGUUAGCCACUGAUUCCUUCCAAACCACUCAUUGUUGAAUUUGUGAUUUCCAACUUGUUGUCCAAUGGCCGAUGAGCACCGAUACGUUUUAUCUAUAAUUUCUCUUCAUAAUUUCUCUUCAUAUGACAAGGAUUGAAAAAGAUUUGCCAGUAGAUUGUCGACUUGAUUCAUGAUGAUGACUGCUAGCUUGCUAGCUAAGAUUUUGAAAGUAUGAUGUUGAUAUGAUCAGUCCAAUCAAAGCUACUGUAGAUAUAACGUGAUUUGACGUCAUUUUAUCUGUGGCCAAUGAUCUUGAGCCUUCUUGGAUGGGCACUUCUAAUGUAACUCUAUGCAGCACCCAAGGGGCUUGAAUUUUCGAGCUCUCCCCGUAGAUUUUGCGGUGACGUAGUGUCCCCAUGAGUGACAGAAUAUUGAGCCAAUCACGGCGCAACUAGAGAACAUUACCAACCCCUACACUCUGUAUAUUCUGCUGGCUGCCCCACCACCACAGAAAUCACUGAGCUAGGCUGAAACACCUGCAUUUUGCAGCUGCCUUAUACUCAAGAAACCAAAAAAUAGACCAUGUUUGUAUGCAGCUUUAUUAAUUCAAUGAAUGUUUUUUUUUUUUACAUUGUUUGCACACUGAUAUGUGACAUGUAUUAAUGCCAAAAUAACAUGCAAAACAGGCACAAAAAAUAUAUAUAUUAUUUUUUAUUUGUCAAAUAAAUGACGUGUUGCCACUGGUAAUUACCAGUUGGAGGGGCGUUCAAGUGGGGUUUUCCCAGUCAUAUGUGGUAAAUACCACCAUCCCACUUGGUUAUGAAUACAGCUUAAUUACCUAUAGAUGAGUCUCGCGAGGCCAUCCGUCCAAAUCUCGUCUCGUCGACCUAUAGAUCUAUGCUAAUAUGAUUGUCAUUGGGUGACAUGGGCAAAUCAAAAUGUAUUGGUUGGGUACACAGAUUUGUAGAUGUUUUCACAGCGAAAUGCUUGCGUUUCUAGCUCCAGCAAUGCAGUUGACAUAAUCUAUUAAAUAAUAAUAAGUACAUUUAUAUUAAGUUAUUCAUAUUUUAUUUUAAAUAAACAGACAUGGAUCUUUCUCUCUCUGUCUUCUCUCUCUCAAUUUUAAAAUUCAAUAUCAAAAUGCUUUAUUGGCAUGACGGAAAUUCCAUGUGUAUUGUCUCUCUCUCUCUCGCUCUCUCCCUCCCUCCCUCCCCACCGUUUCAGUGAGUUCUAACACCUUCACAGUCCCAUGGCCUCUGCCCUAAGCCAUCUCUCUCCAAUGUCUGUAAGAGCAAGAGACGGAUGGAGUGAUGAAGGAAGAGGAGAGGAGCAGGUGGAGGAUGAGUUUGCGUGUUCCGGGGCGCUACGCGGUGCCCUACAGUCCUUCCAUCCCACAGUUGAGAGGAUAUUUGGGGUGACCUUUACGAUCGGCAGAGAGGAGGCUGCUGUGUUACCCCAUGAUGGACAGAUCUGGCUCAAACUAAAAGGCGAGAGGAAGGACGCUGUGGCUGCCAAAGUAAGAAAUGUCUCUUAUUAUUGUUGUUAUGUUAACAUGUGUUGAGGUUGAGAUUAACCUAAUGUGUUUUGCAGUAAUGCAAGGUGGUCAUUUCCUAUGUGUCACAACUUGGGCCAUGGGGUUUUUCUGAUCACGUCAUCUGACCAGGGAAAACUCCAAAACCUACUGUAUGUUGUAACAUAAUAUAGUAUUACAUCUCUCUCUUUCUCUCUCCUCUUUCUCCCACCUCCCUCCCUCUCUCUCCUCCCCCUCUCCCUACUUCCUCCUCUCCCUCUCGCUCCUCUCUCUCUCUCACUCUCUUUCACUCUCUCUCCUCCAGUUGUUUGUGAAGGGAGUUGUGAACCAGGAGGCCCAGCAGGAGGUUCCAUAUCCAGGGGUCCUUCACUGUGUGUUCUGUGGAGCCCGAGGGCUGUUCAUGGAGUGCCUGAUCAGAAACACCUCUGCUUACAUACUGGUAAGAAUAGACAAACACACAACACACACACAUACAGGCUGUAUACACACAAACACACACACACACAUAGGCACGCACGAACACACACACACACACAAAGAUGAUCAGAUGGAUGAUGUGAAGGAAGGAAAUGCACAUUAGAAGAGAGGAAGGAGGUUGUGGGUUUGAGUCUCUUUAGAGAGAUGGCAAGAUUAAGACUAAAGUUAAUCUUAUCUCCAUUUCUUCACAUUUCCUUCCUCCAGGUGGGUUCCCCAGGCUUCCUGCUCAUCUCAGGGCUGGCAGAACCAGUGGUCAGGGCCUAUUCCCUCAUCACAGACCUGGUGGAACACUAUAAGGGCACGCAGGGACGACGAACCGAGCCUGGCGACAGAGGAUCAGGCGAGACCCUGGAUUCCCGUCGGGCCUUCAAAUCGCUGGUGGAGAGAUGGGAGGACAGGCACACUCUGGAUCUCCUGGUGCUACCAGGGGCAGUGAAGGAGACUCUACUGGAUCUGAUGAGGGAGUCUGGGCUGGGAUCCAACCCCGUUCCUGGGGGCUUGAACACAGUUCCUGGGCUGGGCUCGAACCUCAGUCUUGGGGGGUCUAGAGACACAGUGGGUCUAAUGGACACUGAUAGCCAGAGACGAUGGGACAGCCAAUCAGACUUGGACAGACUAACACUUAAGGAUACCAGAGUAUUGAACAGAGCUGGAGAGGCUAGGGACAUAGAGGGAAUACAGGGGAUUUCCACAUCAACGACCAAACCUCCCGAACAUUCCACCCACAACCAAGACCCUGGUCUACGAAAUAUUGGGCAGCUUUCUCAACAAAAUACAUUCACUACCUCACCUGUACAAGGAAGAGAGAUGGGCAAAGAUUGGACACAGGGAGGGAUAGAUAAAGACGCAGCACCCCGACUUCCCAUCUUCCACUCUUUCCUCCAAACCGAGGUGGGGCAAGUACGUUCCCCACAGGAGGUAGAGGAUGAGGAACAGGGGGAAGAAGAGGAAGAGAUGGAGGUGGAAGAAGGAGAGGGGGAGAUGUUGUUGUCAGUAGGGAGUAGGGAGGAGUUUGGGCUCUUGCUGAAGUUCUUCACGGCUAUGGGCUAUGCGGAAGAUGUGGUACUGAGGGUCCUGGCCCGGACCGGACCCAGAGAAGCCUCCCAGAUCCUUGACCUGGUCCAGCAAGAACAUGACCAGACCGGACUGGCCAUGAACCGCCCAGUGGAGAUGGAGCACAGAGAGGUGGAGGAGAGGGAAGGUAAAGGAGUGAGAGGAAAGAGAAGAGGUAUAGAUGGAGGGAUGGGAGUGGAGAUGGAGGGAGGUGUGGAAGAAGGGGCGAGGAGUAGAGAGGAGGGGAGAAAAGGCAGGGAGAGUGGAGGGUCUAAUGCAAACCUGGCUGAGGAUUCACUGGAGGAAGGCAGGGAGAGGGGCGAGGGCGGCAUGAAGGGAGGCAGGGAGAGGGGCGAGGGCGGCAUGGAGGGAGAUGAGGGAGGGAACAAGGAGGAUUUUGUCCUGGGAGUUCUGAAGAGGGCUGCAGCCAGUUGUGGAUACACAGAGGAGAAGGUAGCAGAAGUGUACAGUAUGUUACCUGAACUGUCCACACGCCAGCUACUCCUAGAGCUACAGAGGGAGGGCGCAAGAGAGACAGAAGCUGAUUCCCAGAACCGGGUACGAGACGAACCAAGAGAGGUGGAUGAGGUUGUCUCAGAGGUACAGAGAAAGGACAGAGCAGGAGGAAGGGAGGAGGAGAGCGGUAGAGAGAUGGAGUCCACUGCUACUGAAAAGAGAGGAGAAGAAAGAAAG